AUGGAAAAUUUCAAGUCUUUCGAAAAAAUGAAGCGAUUGUUUAUAUACCAAUUGUCGGCCAAAAAACCAAUCGUUCAUGGAUUUUAUGGUCGACCGUGGGCAAAUGAUCAACGACAAGAAUUGUUUCGCUGGAUGCAGAAAUUUGGCAUGAACACGUAUCUAUAUGCACCAAAAGAUGAUAUAAAACAUCGUUAUGAUUGGCGAAAACUUUAUACAACAGAAGAGCUUGAUUUGCUUCAGUCGCUUAUAAAUGCUGCCAAAGAGUACAAAAUCACUUUUGUUUAUUCACUUUCUCCGGGUUUGGAUAUUACUUAUUCCAGUGAUAAAGAAGUGCAAGCUAUCAAGGACAAAUUUGAUCAGGUUAAAUCUAUUGGAUGUGAAGCUUUUGCUUUACUUUUUGAUGAUGUUGAUGCAAUAAUGCAUGAAGUGGAUAAAUCGAAGUUUUCAUCGUUCGCAAUGGCUCAAGUAACUGUAACAAACUUGAUUUAUGAAUAUUUGAAAUGUCCUGUAUUUUAUUUCUGUCCUACAGAAUAUUGUGAAUCACGCGCCUUUCCUAGCUUACAAGAAUCGGAAUAUCUUUCAUUUCUUGGCAAAAAGCUGCUUCCAGAUAUUUACAUUUUUUGGACGGGUCCGAGAGUAGUAUCUCGAUCGAUUACUAUUGAACAUAUGAGGAGUGUGGCAGAUAUUUUGAAGCGUAAACCAGUUAUCUGGGAUAAUUUGCAUGCGAGUGAUUAUGAUGCGAAACGAAUUCACCUUGGUCCAUUUACUGGGCGAUCUGUGAAGUUAAAAGAUGAAAUAGCUGGUUUAUUGAUGAAUCCGAAUUGCCGACUUGAAGCAAAUUUUGUUCCUCUUCACACAGUAGCAGAAUGGAAUUUAUGUGAGGAUGAUGCAGAACUGGAUGGAGCCUUUGAUUCGGAUGCUAUACUUGAGGCAGGUGAUAUUGCAGUUGUUGCUGCUUAUAUUGUUGAGGGUGAUAAAUCGAAGCGUCUUUACCAUCCGUUAAAUGCGUUAAAUGAGGCUUUGAAAAAAUGGUACGAACGUCUAUUCACUGAAGUUGAAAUCACGCCCUCAUGCCAAAUGGAAACUGAAGCACUAACUUCAAUUGUCGAAAAGCCGCCUUUUUUGGACAGUAACACUGGGCGACCACUUUAUAAAAAUUUAGGCAAUAUGUUGACGCAGAGCAGUUCAGAUCCUCAGAUGAAACCUACCAUUUGUGCAAUGAAUUCUCUAAGUCCGGAUUAUAGCGAACCUAUGGAUUUGAUUACUCUUGCUAAGGAUGAACCAAAAAUACUUGUCGAUUCUGAUUCGUCUAAUAAGAUGAAUAAUCAAGAUAUGGUCGAUACCUCGUCUGAUGUGAGUAUGGAAAGCAGUAUCACGACUGAUUCAGGCGGAAGUGUGCAACCGGAACAUUUGGCUAUGUUCGUAGAUUUAUACUACCUUCCUUUUGAGCAUGGACGAAGUUGUAUUCAAAUAUUAGAAGAAUUCACUUGGCUUCAUGAAAAUUCAUUUGUUAUUAAGAAGAAGAAAGAAGCGAGUGAAAAUAAAAAUGUUCAAACUAUUAUUAAUGAAGAUUGGAAACGCCGAUGCGACAGUCUGUUACGAUUGCUUCACAAUCUAACAAAAUUCUACCAGUUGCUAACGGCACUUCCCAAUAAGGCUGCUGUGCAAGAUUUGUUUCAAUACGUGUACGAAAUUCAGGGAAUAGCAUCAAUGCUUGAGGUCAUACUGUUGUGGAUGGCAGAUGGCGGGCUUACGAGUGCGCCUCGGGAUUCCGAUUAUUUUUGGCGGAAACCAAUGAUCGAUGGUGAACCAUGGAUAGUGUCAGGUGGUUCUGUUUCCGAUCUACUUAAGCUUCUUUUUGUGACCCCUAAUAUCAUGGAUUUAAUAACAUUGAAAUCUGUCAUUCCUCUGUUUCUCAAUUGUUUGACAAUGAGGCCUUACAGAGAUAAAGACGAGAAAGAAAUAUAUUCAUUAUAUGCGCAAGAUGAUUCUCUCUCGACAAACUUUGACUUUUCAAAUGAUUGUAAAAGCGAGCAAUCUUUUGAUAGUCAAAUCGUGCCAUUUUUGUCGCAUUCUGAACCUCGCAUCUCAUUUGUUGCUGUUGAAAACAGUUCAUAUGGAAAGCGCAUUACAGCUUUUUCUUGUGCAGUAUUAAAAGCAAAAGAAUUUUCUAAAAAUGUUCAAAAUGCAUAUACUUCGAAAACACAAUUAAACUACGAGGCUUCACCUGAAAUGGAGGAAAAUGAUUGUAUUGAAGGUUCAAAAUUGCAGUCGGAAGAAAUUGAUAGCUGCGUUUCUUUACAAUUGUCGGAUCAAUUUUAUGAGCAUUUCCCGAGUCAAGUCGAAAUACGGUGGCGUAGUACCAAUCAUGAUGCGGUUGCUGUUCGAAGGUUGAUUUGUGCAUCUGCUGCAGCUUUGUCCUUUAACGGUCUUAUUUUUCUUAUUCUAAUAAUACUUUUUUGA